AUGGCUGGCUCGGCAUCGCAUAGUCGCAAUGCUUCCCAGGCCAGACCCAGCUUCGAUGGCGGCGACGAGGACACCUCGGUCUUGGGAACAGUCCUUGAUACGCGGAAUCUCGAAGCCUUUGGGAGAAAGGUGACGGCUACCGCAGGCCAACUCAUGGGCGAAGAUUCCACUCCACACUAUCAUUCAGCUAUGAGCAGUAUAUCUCGAACUAUGCGCCGACCGGCCCUGCAGCGCUCGGUCUUCUCUUUCACACAGCAAGCCCCGUCCGAGCUCAUACGAGCGAGAGUGUCCACAUCCGAGAUCGCACACCGAGCACUGACUUUCAUUCCCGACGAGCAGCUCACAAACAUUCCCGACGAUGACAAUACGUAUUCCUUAUUCCAAGGCUUCCAGGCUUCGAUGCCAGAGAGCGGGAACGAGCAUAGAAAGGGCCACCGCCGGCGGAGCUCAAAGCAACAGAAGCUAUUAGGAGCCGGCGAUAUUGAAGAAGAUGGUCCUCCAACCCUUCAAGGGCUGAAGAAAAGGCGCAACAACACCAAUCAUAGACUAGAGAUGAUGGCCAUCCGGAAGAACCUGUGUGCCACCGAAAUAAGAGAAAUUGACAACAAGGUCGCCAACCUUAACAAUAUGCGCCGGAUAGUGCUGGAGAGGCUCGCCAAUCUGGAGGAUGAAGAAGGUGAUGUCGAAAAGGAGCUACAGGAGUUGGACAUCAGCAUCGAGGAUAUGCAAGAGGAGCAGGACGCACAAGCUGAGGCCGCCGGGGAUGAUACGACUCGGUCGAGGCCUGUCACUCCAGAUUCGCCAGAGGGCUCGUCAUUCAUGUCCGAGUCGAUCUACCAGAAGUUGCCGUCAUCGGUAUCACCCAAGAGCAAGCGCCGUCCGAAAUACACGAAGCGGAAGUCUAUGCCAGUCUUGCAUGAGCAUCUCGAAUCUGGAACGAAUCUUAAGACCAUUCCCGCCCAUAACGAUGUUGUGACUGCUCUAGAUUUCGAUAUGCCGUUCGGUACUAUGGUCACAGCUGCUCUGGAUGACACCGUCAGAGUCUGGGAUCUUAACCUUGGGCGAUGCAUGGGUUUUCUCGAAGGCCACACCGCGUCUGUCAGGUGUCUUCAAGUAGAAGACAACAUCGUUGCCACAGGCAGUUUGGACGCUACCAUCAGGUUGUGGGACUUGUCCCAAGCGAAAUAUGAGCCUCACGAACACAAGUCCAGCUACGAUGAUCCGGACAAAGCUGAGGAGGAGGACGAAGAGGCAGCGUUGGGCUUCGGCAAUGAAGGAGAAGAUGAACCUCCUCCGCCUCCACCUGAUGCAAUGGCGGACUGUCCACUUACAACACUUGAAGCCCAUAUCGACGAAGUUACCGCACUCCAUCUGCGUGGUGACACACUCGUGUCUGGGUCCGCGGACAAGACCCUACGGCAAUGGGACCUAGUCAAGGGCCGAUGUGUGCAGACACUGGAUGUACUGUGGGCUGCGGCACAAGCCACAGCCACGAUGAACGGCGCAGACGCCCAGUGGCGACCUACAGGGAGAGCAUCGGACGCCAAUGCUGACUUUGUAGGUGCUCUGCAAGUUUUUGACGCAGCUUUGGCUUGUGGCACCGCAGACGGCAUGGUCCGCCUUUGGGAUCUCAGAUCGGGCCAAGUGCACCGCAGUCUUGUCGGACACACGGGACCAGUCACGUGCCUGCAGUUCAACGAGACGCACCUCGUUACGGGUAGCAUGGAUCGAUCGAUCAGAAUUUGGGACCUUCGCACCGGCACAAUUUACGACGCCUAUGCAUACGACAAUCCAAUUACCAGUAUGAUGUUCGAUACCCGCCACAUCGUGUCUACCGCCAGCGAGGAUGUCGUCAAAGUAUACGACAAGACCGACGGUCGCCACUGGGACUGCGGCGUCGGUACCGGCAUCAGCGUGGAAGAGCGAAUGAAUGACCCCAAGACCAGCAUUGUCGAGCAGGUCAGGCUCAAGGAUGGCUACAUGGUCGAAGGCCGCAGGAACGGCGAAGUUGGCGUGUGGACCUGCUGA